AUGUGGAACUUCUUCAGCUCCCCCAAACCCCCAUCUCCAUCUCCAUCCCCUCCCAAAACCCUCCCAGCCUCAUGGUACCACUCGGAAGCAAUGUACCAACUAGAAAGACGCGCCAUCUUCUCCAAGCACUGGAUCCUCCUCACGCACUCAACACGCUUCAAAAACCCCGGCGACUACCUCACCUUCACCAUAGCCAACUACCCCAUAAUCCUCAUCCAAGACCGCACCGGCAAAAUCAACAGCUUCCACAACAUCUGCCGCCACCGCGCCUUCUCCCUCCUCCACAAACCCUCCGGCACAACCCCAAUCCUCAGCUGCAAAUACCACGGCUGGUCCUACAGCCUGCAAGGCACCCUCUCCAAAGCCCCCCGCUUCGACAAAGACACAGUCCCCUCCUUCGACAAAUCCACCCAAUCCCUCCUCCCCAUCCACCUUCACACCGACAAAGCAGGCUUCAUCUGGGUAAACCUGCAAUCCAGCCCCGGCCCAGACCAAGACUGGAACGCCGACUUCGCCAGCAUCGAUGACAGCCCCCGCAUGCAGGCCUUCGAUUUCGCAGCUGACUUCGUCUUCGACCAUUACUGGGAAAUCGACCUCAAGGCCAAUUGGAAGGCUGUCGUCGAGAACUAUAAUGAGUGCUAUCACUGCGCUACCUCACAUCCGCUUAUUAACGGCGUUUCGGAUCUGCCGCGCUAUCGUGUUGAGCCCAAGGGGGCCUAUAUGGAGCAUCAUAUUUUUAAUAAGGAGGAUGCGGAUAGUCAGUUUCGACGGGCGAUUACGUUUUUUCAUCCGACUACUUCGGUGACGGUGACGGAUAAAUUCUUCUAUAUCCAACGCAUGGUCCCCGUUUCUGCUACGGAGAGCAAGAUCGAGAACGAAGUUUAUCGGCAUCGGGACGCUACAGACGAGGAAUUCGAGAAUAUCAAUGCAUUCUACAGACAGGUUCUGGCCGAGGAUAAGGAGCUCUGUGUGGGCGUGCAGCAGAAUCUGGCCGGUGGCGUGUUUACCAGUGGAGAAUUGCAUCCGAACAAGGAGAAGGGUCCUAUCCACUUCCAGAAUAGCGUGCGGCGGACGGUUAUGGAACACAGACUGAAAGAAGAGAAAUUGGGUUCUGAGAUCUGGCCUGCUGCGCCGGUCUCGUCCUCGACUCAGUUUGAUGAAGAGGAGGCCUUUUGUUCUGCAUUGGAGGCGAAGGAUUGUAUAUCUAGACCUGAGUUGGCGUGGUGA